CUGAUGACAAAGUUAACAUAACAUGGUUUUGCAGACCAAAUUUCAAGAAAAAUAGAAAAAAUAAAUUUAAAAAAUUUGUUUUUGUUUUUAGAAUUGUUUGGUUGGUGGUGGGUAUUAGAUCCAAUGUCACCAAGUAAAUGUUUUUAGUUAUCCAAUGUGUUUUUCUUUUUAAAAUUCAGCAAAAAAAAUGUGUAUUUUAUUAGACACACAAAUCAUUGUUUUUUAGAAGCAUUUUUGGGUGUCUCUGCAAUCUCUGAGGUCUGUCAUGUGAAGUUUAGGGGAAAAAAAAAUAAUUCAAGAAACCAAAACCCCAAGUUUUGAAAUUCUUUAUUUUAUUAUAUGGUUCUUUUUUUUUUUUUUUUGUAAUUUUUGGGUUUUGGGGUUUUAUGAAAAGUGAAAGUAGUAGUGAAGAGUGAAAAAAAGAGUAGUGAUGGUGAUGAGGAAGUUCAAUAAAUUGAGUUUGUUUUGGAGUUGUUGUUGAUUUUAUAGUUUUUUGUGGUCAAAGUUUUUGUUUUGUCAAUUGAUGAUAAUGACACUAAUUGGUAGAUCUGAAGAUUCUUGUGUUGAUAGUGAUCUUGUUAAAACCUUUAUAGACAGAAAGGAAAAUGUCUUUUGGAUCUUUUGCAUUUCAAGAUUUAAUCAUCAAAUAAGAAAAGACUCUACUUUUGUCAUAUGAAAAUCCAAAUAGUAAUAAAAAAACUCCAUUUUUAAUGAACUUUCUUGUUUCCAUUCAUCAAUGGUGACACCCCAACCAAAUCAAAAAUCCAUUUUUUCUAGUUUUUUAGUAGAUCCCUUUAGUGUAAAGACUCCAUUUUUAAUUCUGCAUUUUGAACUUUGUAGUCUGGUGACACCCACCCAAAUCAAGAAUCCAUUUUUUGCUUUCUUGUAGAUCCCUUUUGUGUCAAGACUCCAUUUUUAGCUCUGUAUUUUGAACUUUCUAGUUUCCCAUUCAUCAAUGGUGACAACCAACCAAAUCAAGAAUCCAUUUUUGCAGACCCCUUUAGCUCAAAACUCCAUUUUUAGCUCUGCACUUUGGAUUUUCUUGUUCCCCAUUCAUUCAUGGUGACACCCAACUAAAUCAAGAAUCCAUUUUUGCUAUGACCCUUUAGUCUCAACACUCCAUUUUUAGCUCUGCAUUAGAUCCCUUUAGUGUUAAGACUCCAUUUUUAGCUCUUCAGUAGAUCCCUUUAGUGUCAAGACUCCAUUUUUAUCUCUGUAAGUUGAGUAUUUUAGUGUCAAGACUCCAUUUCUAGCUCUGUAUUGAGCAUUUUAGUGCUCAAAAUUGUCAAGUUCAAUGAAAAUCAAGAACCCCUUUUUCCUCUAGAGUUGAACAACUUAAAUGCUCAUUCAUCUCACCAUGGAAAUGUCAAUUUCAAUGGAAAUCAAGAACCCAGUUUUGGUCUUAAGGUACUGUUCUAGUCACAAAUUCUUGUUUUUCAUUUUCUCAAUAUUUUCCAUAGUUUUCCCACUUGUAAGAUCAGAUGAUGCUGAAGCACUUUUAGCAUUGAAAUCCACAAUAGACCCCUCAAAUUUUCUUGAUUGGAAAAGAGGAACUGAUUUUUGCCAAUGGCAAGGUGUUAAAGAAUGCAUGAAAGGUAGAGUUACUAAGCUUGUUGUUGAAAAUCUCAAUUUGAGUGGUUUAUUGGACCAAGAUGCUCUCAAUCAACUAGAUCAAUUACGAGUUUUAAGCUUCAAAGCAAACUCCAUUUCUGGCCAAAUCCCAAGCCUUGCCGGACUUUCCAAUCUGAAAUCCCUUUUCCUCAACAACAACAACUUUUCUGGUGAGUUUCCGGCUACCAUUACCCUCCUCCACCGUAUCAAAGUUGUGGUUCUCGCUGGAAACAAACUCUCCGGUGAUAUUCCUCCGUCGUUAACAAAUUUAUCCCGGCUGUAUGUUCUUUAUCUAGAAGACAAUCACUUCACCGGAGAAAUCCCACCGUUGAAUCAGCUCAGUCUGAGGUUCUUUAAUGUGUCAAACAAUCAACUUUCCGGUGAAAUCCCAAAUACUCCGGCGUUAUCUCGGUUCAAUGAAUCAUCUUUCACCGGAAAUGUCAAAUUGUGUGGGGUACAAUUAAAUAAUAACUGUCCUUCAACUAGUCCAUCGUAUCCCAUCAUUCCUGAAAAUGUAUCUCAUCAUAAAAAAAGCAAAAAACUUAUCAUCAUCAUUGUCCCGGUGGUCGCUGGAAUCUUGAUCCUCUGCAUCUUGAUGGCAAUUUUUAUAGCAUGUGUUCGAAAACGAAGAAGAAAUAAUCAAGAUGGAAAGAGUAAAGGAGUUGAAGCCGGUGGAGGUGAGGGAGGGGAAGAAGAGGGGACUAGUCGCGGUGGCAAUGGCGGUAGUGGUGGUGGCAGGGAUGGUAAUAAUGGUGGAAAAGAUGGGGCAUUUUCAUGGGAUCAAGGAAGUGGAGGACUAGGGACAUUGGUGUUUUGUGGACCAGGUGAUCAACAAAUGAAUUACACCUUAGAGGAUUUGUUGAAAGCAUCAGCGGAGACAUUAGGGAGGGGUAUAAUAGGAAGUACGUAUAAAGCUGUGAUGGAAUCUGGCUACAUUGUGACGGUGAAGCGGUUGAGGGAUUCGAGGUUCCCGAGGUUAGAGGAAUUCCGGAGGCAUGUGGAGAUUAUUGGUAGGCUAAGACAUCCUAACUUGGUCCCACUCCGAGCAUAUUUUCAAGCUAAGGAAGAACGUUUGCUUGUUUAUGAUUAUUUCCCUAAUGGCAGCCUCUUCUCCCUCGUUCAUGGGACAAGGGCUAAUAGUGGUUCAAAGCCUCUUCACUGGACUUCCUGUCUCAAAAUUGCAGAGGAUGUGGCAACUGGAUUGCUUCAUAUCCAUCAGAACCCUGGUCUGACUCAUGGAAACUUGAAAUCAUCAAAUGUACUCUUGGGGGCCGACUUUGAGUCGUGUCUUACAGAUUAUGGCCUCAUGCCAUUUAGGAAUCUAGAUUCUCCUGAGGAAUCAGGUGCUUCUUCCCUCUUCUAUAGAGCUCCUGAGUGUCGUGACAUUCGAAGGCCACUUACCCAUCAGGCCGAUGUCUAUAGCUUUGGCGUCCUCCUAUUGGAGCUCCUCACGGGGAAGACUCCAUUUCAAGAUCUUGUUCAAGAACACGGAUCAGACAUACCGAGGUGGGUGAGAUCUGUUCGAGAAGAAGAAACUGAAUCAGGUGAUGAACCUGUUUCUAGUAAUGAAGCCUCGGAGGAGAAACUCGGUGCUCUCUUAAACGUAGCUAUGGCUUGUGUUUCACUUGUACCCGAGAAUCGACCCACAAUGAAGGAUGUUUUGAGGAUGAUCCGGGAUGCUAGAGCAGAAGCUCAAGGGUCCUCCAAUAGCAGUGACCAUUCACCAGGAAGAUGGUCAGAUACUGUACAAAGCUUGCCAAGAGAUGAACAUUUGAGCAUAUGAGUUUGUACUAUACUUAUGGAAGCCCCGAAUAACGUGUCCUGAUUCUUUUGUAAGCCAGAAGUUACUUCGCAAGUUAAGCAUCAUCGAUGUAUCUGAGUUCUCAGGGAUUUGUUGAUUCAGUUCUUGUAAAGUCUCAAGGACUUUCUACUUUUCUUGCUUUUUCUAGGUUUAGCUGUUUGUAUGUAGGAAAUUUGCUUUUAUACCACUUGGAUUGACAUUCACUAGUUUAUGAUACAUUCAUGAUUCAAAAGUUGUCAUUAUGUUUUGUGAGAGAUGUAAUUGUAAUUGAGGUUCCAACACUUUGUUAACAUAGUUUCUUGUUUGUAUCCAACUUCAUGUUUUACAUCCAA